AUGGGCUUCUUUGUCGCACCAGUGGAAGCUCUACCUGAAAUCUCCGUAACUGAUGUCUACUUCACCCAUCAGCGUGGGAAAUACAUGGGGUUCUACGCAUUCUCAUUGGCCGGUAGCAACUACUUUGCUCCCAUCAUCUCUGGCUUCAUUGCUGAAGGCCAAGGGUGGCAGUGGGUCUUUUAUUGGCCGGCAAUCUUCUUGACCGUCUCGCUGAUCUUCAUGUUCCUAUUCAUGGAGGAGACCAACUAUACAAGAAAGAUUGAGGGAGUCGCCGUUACAGCUGAGCCUCCGCAGAGAAACUCAUCCAAGGUCGUUGAUCAAGAGAAAGCCGACAGGACGACUUCGCAAUCCACUGCGAGCGAUGAUAUGCGAGUAUCAACAAAGACUUUCACGCAAAAGCUAUCAAUCUGGCAACCGUCCCCGGGAUCAAACGUCUUCGAGCGCGCAAAACGUAGCCUCAUGUACCUGAGCUGGCCCGUCAUCUUUUACGCAGGGUUCAGCUACGGUUCUUACCUCAUUUGGUUCAAUGUCUUGAACGCCACUGCCUCAAUCAUCCUCGGCGGCCCAGGGUACAACUUCAAGCCUUCCAUGGUCGGUCUCAGUUACGUGUCUUGCUGCAUUGGAGUGAUUGCCGGAGCACUGUUCUCAGGACGAUUCAGCGACUGGUUGACCAUCAAACUAGCACGCCGGAACAACGGCGUCAUGGAGGCUGAACAUCGGUUAUGGCCAUUUGCAGUAUGCUUGGUGAUGGUCCCGGCAUUCUUGAUACUCUGGGGUGUUGGUGCUGCACAUGGCGUACACUGGUUCGGACUCGUCUUUGCCAUGGGUUGUGUCGCUUUUACUUCAUCAGUCGGCGUCACCAUCAGCGUAAACUACAUGAUCGAUAGCUACCACGACAUAAGUGGCGAUGCGAUCGUGACGGUUAUCUUGAUUCGCAACACCAUGUCGUUUGCAAUCAGCUACGGCAUUACGCCGUGGCUGACCGACUUGGGCUACCAGAACUGUUUCAUAUCCGCAGCCUUCGUCGGAAUGGCUGCAUCGGCAGUGUUUCUCGUAAUGAUCAAGUACGGCAAGGGCAUGCGCGUUAAAAGCAGUAGCAAGUACUACAGUAUCGUGGACACUGAUAAGGCGAUGAACUAG